CUCAACCCAACCAGAGACCUGACUCUUUUCAGUCUACUCUCUGAAUUCUCCCCUCUCUCUCCCUCUCUCUCUCUCUCUCUCUCUCUCUCUCUAACAUAACUCCCACCAAAGACCAAACCCUUUUCAGUUUCAUCACUAUAUCUCCUCCAAAAACAUAACCCAAACACACAAAAUUUCAGAGAGAGAGAGAUAACACAACACAAGAAAAUCAUGAACAGUUUUGAUUCACAAAGACAAGAGUCCUUGGAGAGGAGGUGGCAAGAGAGACAGCUCUCAACCCUAGAUCACCAUCACCACCGUUCAGGAUCAUCAAGCUUCUAUACAAAGCUUGUUGGUGGUGCAAGUACUCCAUCAUCAUCACCAUUCAUCUCAAACCCUAAUAAUCUUCAGAGCUUUCCAGGUGGAUUUGACGAUGACUUGGUUUCUACGGUGGUUCCGCCGGUGACUGUGGUGCUGGAAGGCCGUUCGAUCUGCCAGCGGAUCAGUCUUCAUAAGCAUGCAAGCUACCAUAGCCUAGCCAAGGCACUAAGGGAGAUGUUUGUCGACGGUGGCGAUGCCAGAGGAGUAACCACCUCAGAUAACGAUCUUGAUCUAUCCAAUGCUGUUCCUGGUCACCUCAUUGCUUAUGAAGACAUUGAAAAUGAUCUUCUUCUUGUUGGUGACCUUAAUUGGAAGGAUUUUGUGAGAGUUGCAAAGAGAAUUAGGAUACUACCAGUGAAGGCAAAUUCAAGAAAGGGAAGAGCAGUUGCUUAGAUUGCUGCUAGCUGUUGAGAUUUUGGAGGAUGUUGAGAUUUAACACAAAUCCUUUUGUAUUGGGAACUUCAUGAAGUGUGUGAUUAAAGCAAACCUUGUUUUCUCUCAUUGUCAAGUUCCAAAACUCUUUGCAUGAAUAAAAGGCUUUUUCUUA